AUGUUAAGAACAUCUGCUCGCAACACUGUACGCUUAGCUACUAAAUUCGCUAAAGUUUCCCCAAUUAUUCUUCGUGCCACCCCUGUGAGAACCACCACCAUUAGGUUUGCAUCUCAAUUAGCUCAUGUUAAAACUCCACCAAAUUUACAAAAUGAACCGGUUAAGAAUUUCGGGUUUAAAGAUACUAAAGAUUGGGAUUUAUUAAGAGCUUCAAUUACUAAAUUCACUGAUGAAGGGGCAUUGAAGGUUCCAUUAGUUGUUGGAGGUAAGAAAAUUUACCGUGAAGAAACCAAACCACAAGUAAAUCCAGCUAAACAUUCACAAAUUUUAGCUGAUGUUUCACAAGCCGUACCUGAAGAUAUUAAAGCUGCUAUUGAAUCAGCUAAAGCAGCAAAAGCCAAAUGGGCUGCUACUCCAUGGAGCGACAGAGCAGCUAUUUUCUUGAAAGCUGCUGAUUUAAUUUCUACUAAAUAUAGAUAUGAUAUGUUGGCAGCAACUAUGUUGGGACAAGGUAAGAAUGUAUACCAAGCUGAAAUUGAUUGUGUUGCUGAAUUGAUUGAUUUUUUCAAAUUUAAUGUUAAAUAUGCAGAAGAAUUGUAUCAGCAACAACCAUUGCAAACUUCACCAGGUGUUUGGAAUCGUGCUGAAUAUAGACCAUUAGAAGGGUUUGUUUAUGCUGUUACCCCAUUCAAUUUCACUGCCAUUGCUGCCAAUUUAGUUGGUGCUCCUGCCUUAAUGGGUAAUACUGUUGUUUGGAAACCUUCUGCUACCGCAGCAUUAUCAAAUUAUUUAUUAUUAACAAUUUUGGAGGAAGCUGGCUUACCUGCAGGUGUUAUUAAUUUCAUUCCUGGUGAUCCAGUUGAAGUCACUGAUAUUGUUUUAAAUGAUAGGGAAUUUUCUGCAUUGCAUUUCACCGGUUCCACUGAUGUUUUCAAAAAAUUGUAUUCACAAAUUAGUACUAAUGUUGCACAAGAUAAAUACCGUGAUUUCCCAAGAAUUGUUGGUGAAACUGGUGGUAAGAAUUUCCAUUUAAUUCAUCCAAGUGCUGCUAUUAACCAUUCUGCAUUAUCCACAUUAAGAGGUGCUUUUGAAUAUCAAGGUCAAAAAUGUUCUGCUACUUCACGAGCAUAUGUUCCAGAAUCUAUCUGGCCAGAUUUCAAAGAUCAAUUGGUUGGAGCAGUUUCACAAAUUAGUAUCGGAAAUACAUCAAGUGUUGAAAACUUGAAUUCAUUUAUGGGACCAGUUAUUCAUGAAGAAAGUUUUAAUAAAUUAGCCAAUGCUAUUGAAAAGGCUAAACAAGAUCCAGAAUUAGAAAUUAUUAUUGGUGGGGAACACGACAAAACAAAUGGAUUUUAUGUUCAACCAACUGUAAUCAAAACCACCAAUCCAAAUCAUGAAUAUUUAUCAAAAGAAUUUUUUGGUCCAAUUUUAACAAUUUAUGUAUAUCCAGACGGUGAAUAUGAACAAAUUAUAGAAAGUAUUGAUACUGUUACUAAAUAUGGAUUAACAGGAUCUGUAUUUGCAAGAGAUAGAGAAGCUAUUAGAAAAGCUGAAGAAAAUUUAAGAUAUUCUGCAGGUAAUUUCUAUAUUAAUGAUAAAUCAACCGGUGCUGUUGUUGGUCAACAAUGGUUUGGUGGUGCCAGAGGAUCUGGUACUAAUGACAAAGCAGGUAGUGGUAAUAUUUUAUCAAGGUUUGUGUCUGUUAGAAAUGUUAAAGAAAAUUUCUACGAAUUGUCAGAUUUUAAAUACCCAUCAAACUAUCAAUAG